AUGGAAAAUCAGAUAAGUCAACUUGCUCACCAAGUUGGCCAAUCCUUAAAGACACCGGGCACUUUUCCAGGCCAGACAGAGCAACCACAAAAAGGGCAUAUGAAUGUUGUUACUUUGAGGAGUGGGAAGCAAUUGGAAAAUCCUCCUACCAAGGAGCCAUUAAGGGAGGUUGUUGAAGAAGUAGGUGAAAGUGAGAAGGUGAUUGAUAGUGCUAUGAUCGAGGAAGAACCAAAAGAAGCAACUUCACCAUCUGUCGUUCCAUAUGUGCCAAAGGUUCCUUUUCCACAAAGGUUAGCUCAAGCUAAACUAGAAAAGAAGUACGAUAAAUUUCUAGAUAUCUUGAAAAAGCUUCAUAUUAAUAUUUCAUUCUUAGAUGCUAUAUCCGAGAUGCCUUCUUAUGCUAAAUUUUUAAAGGAUAUGCUUUCUAACAAGAAAAAGCUAGAAAAUAAUGCUACAGUUGCUUUGAUGGCAGAGUGUAGUGCUAUUUUGCAGAAUACUCUCCCUAAGAAAUUAGAAGAUCCAGUUAGCUAUUCAAUUCCAGUGAAGCUUGGAGAUAUUGAAAUUAACAGGGCACUAUGUGAUCUUGGUGCAAGUGUGAGUCUUAUGCCACUCUCUAUCUGUAAGAAUCUGCAAAUGGAUGAAUUUAAACCCACACGCAUAUCCUUGCAACUUGCAGAUAGGUCAGUCAAAUUUCCUUUGGGUGUACUUGAGGAUGUACCUCUUCGUGUAGGUAAAUUCUUUAUUCCUUGUGAUUUUGUUGUAAUGGAAAUGGAGGAGGAUGCACAUGUUCCUAUUAUUCUUAGUAGGCCAUUCUUAGCUAUUGCAGGUGCAAUCAUUGAUAUGAAGAAUGGUAAGAUCACCUUUGAGGUUGGCGAUGAGAAAAUGGAAUACUCACUUUUAAAUGCUAUGGGUACUCCCUCUAUGGGAGAAACUGUUUGUCAGGUAGAUGUGCUUGAUGAUUUGCAGAAUGAGCAACUUUCUUUGAGCAAAACAGAUGAUGCACUUGAAACAGUGCUAAUAGAGAAGGAUGAUGAUGGAGAUUGGGAAUCAAGGGAGUAUGUCAGGCUACUUGAAGAAGCAAAGGCCAACCCAGUCACUAAUCCAAUCAGAGAAGUGCUUAGUGCAAUUGCAAUGUGUGUUGGGGAGAGUACUACGCCUCCCGAAGUAGAGUUGAAACCUCUCCCUUAUAAUCUGAAAUAUGCAUAUCUUGGUCCUAAUAAUUCAUACCCUGUUAUUGUUAAUGCUGAACUCAAGGACACAGAAUUGGAGCAGUUGCUCAAUGUUUUAAGAACGUAUAAAAGUGUAAUUGGGUACACCAUUGAUGAUAUUAAGGGUAUUAAUCCUUCUUUUUGUAUGCAUAAAAUUAUUCUUGAGAACGAUCAUGCUUCCUCUAUAGAACCUCAAAGAAGGCUUAAUCCAAAUAUGAUGUAG